CGAUGGCAGAAAACAAGACAACCAACAACCGACAUGACAACAAGAAGAAGGGAGAUCAAGACGGAUCGACACAACCUUCCGCCACCUGCCGCUGACCAUUUUUUCUUUUGUGUAUCACCGAGGGAAACUAUUAAUACAGAAGGUGUACUGCUAUAGAGGGCCCGGCAAAAUUCUAAGCUCGACACAAGCCUAGUACCGUAGGAGGAGAGCGCUCCCAUGGUAGGGAAAAGCGAGUGAUGAGGAGGAGGAGGACCGUGACUCGAGCAGCAGGGUGCAUAGUGAGCAGCGAUGCAGCGGCCUCUGCCGAAUGCCUCUUCCGGCUAUUGCCACCAUACUUGAGCCGGCGUCUGUUCCGUAAUUAAACUAUCAGACUGCUGUAUAUCUUCUACUAGACACAGCAUAUUCCUCUCAGGAAUCCAAGGACUCAAAAGUACAACCUGCUUUUGCAAUCAAUUUGCUACUGAAAUGGACGUACAAACCCUUUUCAAUGUUAAAGAUAGGGUGGUUUUGGUAACAGGAGGUGGAAGGGGAGUUGGUGAAAUGAUCGCUCAUGGUUUCAUUGCCAAUGGCGCGAAGGUAUACAUCUCUUCAAGAGAUGCUUCGGCAUGCGAAAAGACGGCCAAGCGUCUCACGGAACUGGGACCUGGUCAGUGCAUUGCCAUCCCUGCGGAUCUAUCUAAAUACGACGAAUGUUUAAGACUGGCAGGAGAGAUAGAGAGGAGAGAGGAAGUAUUACAUAUAUUGGUAAACAACUCUGGGGUGACAUGGGGUGAAUCAUUCCACUCUUAUCCUGACUCGGCAUUUACCAAACUUCUCACUCUAAAUGUACAACGGGUUUUCACAAUCACGCAGAAGCUGGUGCCCAUGCUUGAGAAGGCAUACCAACAAGAAAAUUUUGUUGGGCGAAUUAUCAACAUUGGAUCCAUCAACGGAGUCAGUGUACCUGGCCUCGAAACUUAUGCUUAUUCAGCCUCCAAAGCUGCCCUCCACCAGCUCUCGAGGCAUCUUGCUAGCCGUCUUGGCCCUACUAUCACAGUAAACACAUUGGCAUUGGGGCCAUUCCGCAGCAAGAUGAUGAAACAUACCCUUGACAAUUUUGAAAACGAGUUGGCAGAGGCUCUACCUAUGAAGAGGAUUGGUGCACCAGAGAACGUUGUCGCUACUUGUUUGUGGCUUUCUGGGCCUGCUGGAGACUGGAUAACCGGAACUGUUGUUCCCGUGGAUGGCGGAUCCCUUGUGGCAAGUAAUUCCAAGCUGUAAUAUGGACAAAUGUAUGUUGUAGCAUGCAGUUUGGCGAAAGGAAGAAGUGUAGAUAGUAAUAACUGGCAUUAUCUAUUGAAACUCCUAUACAAUUAAAGAACAGCAGAUAUAAAGAGCCCAAAAAGGUAGAGAAAGAUACAGAGACGCAUCUUCAUAUGGUUGACUUUCUCAAUGACGACCCGGAAGACUUCCUCUGUCAGUCAGCUGGGGAUUAUGAUAUUAUUCAAUAGGAGUUUGACUCACAUCCUCACUGGACCUUGGCUCCUUAUCUUUUCCAACUAGAUGCUUGGAUUUGAGCUUCCCCAAUAGCCCCUUGAUCCUCCCUCCUCCUUUCUCCUCUGUCUCUGGCACUUCUUCCACGGACCUCUUUCCGCUGUUAGGCGAGUGAUCAUUCGUGGAUCGUAAAUGGGCGUGUCGCUGGCUACUCCCUUCUGAAGGCUCAGACCGAAUGUCCAAAUUGUUGGAGUAACCACGA